AUGUAUAGCAUGUUCCAAGCUGGACGUUUUAUCUGCGGUUUGGGGAUUGGUAUUCUAGUGACCGUCUGUCCGAUGUAUCUUUCCGAGAUGUCGAGUGCCCUGCGUCGCGGUUGGCUUGUUGGCCAUCAUGCGAUCUUCCUAGUCUUUGGCUACAUGCUUUCUGCGUGGGUCGGUUAUGCUUGCUACUAUGCAACAGGCUCUCUGUCUGGAUUUGGCUGGAGAUUCCCUCUGGCUUUGCAAUGCCUGCCACCUUUGAUCCUGCUAAUAGGAUCCCCUUGGCUCCCGCGUUCGCCUCGUUGGUUGAUCUCAAAGGGCAAGCUUGAUGAAGCGCAGCAUGUGCUUAACAGGCUUCGCGAAUCACCAGAGGACCCAGAUAACUUGGUUGCCAAGGAGGAGUUCUUCCAGACGAAAGAGCAAAUUCGACUGGAGGCCGACAAACUGGCCCAAUACGGCAAUGUGUGGAAAGCAGUAUUCAAGAAGAAGACUUACCGGAAGCGUAUGGCUAUCGGCUUCCUUACCCAGUGGGGUGCUGAAUUCGGCGGUCCUUUGAUCAUUAACAAUUAUGCCGUUCUUUUGUAUACCAAUUUAGGCAUGGAAGGUGGUAUGCCUCUGCUCCUGAGUGCCAUUUGGCUGACAACGGCUGGUGUGAUUUAUAACCCCCUCGGCGCCUGGCUCCAUGACAAGGUCAACUCUAGGCGCGGAAUGUACAUAACUGGCUUUGUGGGCAUCAUUGUUACCACUUCGUGUCUAGCUGCUAUGACCGCUCAAUACGCGGGUACUACCAACAAGGUCGGAAACGGAUUUGGUAUCUUCUUCAUGUACCUGUAUUUGGCUUUCCAGGGCACAUUCUGUGACACUACCAUGUACCUCUAUGUCUCAGAGAUUUUCCCAACUGAGAUUCGUCCAAUUGGCAUGGGCUUCUCUCUGUUUGGUCAAUUUGCAGCCACAAUCAUUCUCCUGCAAACCGCUCCCAUGGGCUUCAACAAUGUUGGCUGGAAAUACUAUCUGGUCAUUAUCUGUUGGUCUGUGUUCUUCAUCCCAGUUAUCUACUUCUUCUUUCCAGAGACUGCUCGUCUCACCUUAGAGGAAAUUGCACAAAACUUUGGCGAAGAGGUCGCUGUUCAUCUUACCGAUAAGACCGACGAGGAGAAAGCUCAGCUUGAUCACCAACUUGCUCAAUCCGGUGGAGUUCUCCAGCCAGCUGUAACCUCGAGCUCAGGAAGGGAGGGCGAGAAAGACAGCAUUCCCUCGCCGGUAGAGCAGGGUGAAUCAAACACGGCAAAAGCGGAAUAA